UAUUGAUGAAUGGAUUUAUUACGACUUACCAGCUAUGAUUGAUUAUGUUUGCAAGGAAUCUGGUUACGAUAAAAUAUACAUAGUCACUUAUUCUUUGAGCAGUGCUGUCUUCUUUUCGACAGUAGCUCUAAGACCCGAAUAUAAUGAAAAAGUUAUAGUUAGCUAUCAUUUGGCUCCAUUUGUAGCAUUUUCCAAUGUUAAAUCGGUGCUAUUACGCCUAGGAAUUCAGUUUGGGCCUCAAUACUUGACAGUAGCCAGAGGUCUUAAUAUCCAUGAAUUAUUUCCACGCAAUGAAAGGGAAGUAGAAAUGUAUUCGUCACUUUGUAGUAAAAAUUCAACAUUUUUGAAGUCGUGUACUGCAAUUGUGUCGGACUUUUUUGGAUUGGAUACGUCUGGUAACUCUACAAAAGAUCUGGAUUUUAAACUAGCUUACUCGAGAGCUGGAGUAUCACUCAAUAGUAUAGAUCAUUUACUUCAAAUGUUAAGAACUAGUAAGCAUUAAUUUAAAUUGUUUAUGAUAUAAAUA